CGCGGACACUGCGCCUUGAGAACGAUAAAAAGACAUCGAGGUCCACGCGUACGCCGCAAGACAGCCACUGUCCACCCCAUCUCGCUCGCUCAGGCUUAUAGACCAUGUCGUCCAUAUCCACUUCUCAGCCCCGCAUCGCCAUCAUCGGCGGCGGACCUGCUGGGCUCGUCGUUCUCCUCACCCUCACCAAGCGCGGCAUCCCUGCCACGCUCUACGAGCGCGAGCUCGACAGCGAAUCGCGCGCCCACCUCGGCGGCAUGCUCGACCUCGAGUGGGACUCCGGCCAGCGCGCGUUCCGCGAGAACGGAAUGGAGGACGUUUUCAGGAAGCAUUCGCGUCGCGACGCGGAAGAAACGCGAAUCUGCGGGAAGGACGGUGUUCCCCUCUUCCACAACGAGGGAAAGGCUGUCGACCCGCUCGACAGUGAUCUGCGGCACGCGCGCCCUGAGAUCGACCGCCGCGUCCUCCGCGAGGUCCUGCUCGACGCCGUGCCCGACGACGCCGUCAAGUGGGGCCACGCACUGGCAUCCAUCGGGCCGCUUGAGGGGGGACAGCAUGAGCUCACGUUCGCGAACGGCGUGGUGACCAUCGCGGACGUCGUCGUCGGUGCGGACGGUGCGCACUCCCGCGUCCGCCCUCUGGUCUCUCCCGCGGUCCCUAUCUACCACGGGGUCACUGGAGCAGAGCUCUCGCUCCCGCCCGCCGUCGCGUCUCUCCCGGAGAAUCGCGACAUUAGCUCGGGCGUCGGCAAAGGCAGCUGCUACGUCGCGCAGGGCGAGAAGAUGUUGGGUUUCCAGCUCAACGGCGACGGACGCAUUCGCGCCUACGCGUGGCACCGCAACACGCUCGACUGGGCCCUCCCGCACGACCCGAAGGAGGCGAAGAAGGUUCUCCUCGACAUCUACCCGGACUGGGCGCCGUGGAUCCGCAAGUUCAUAGAGGAGGCCAACGAGGACGCUAUCUACCCGCGCCCUCUCUUCCAUCUACCCGUCGGCCAUCGCUGGGAGCACAAGCCGGGAGUUACUGUCAUCGGCGAUGCGGCUCACCUGAUGAGUCCUUUCGCCGGCGCCGGCGCGAACCUCGCGAUGCGGGACGGGGUCGAGUUGGGGCUGGUUCUGGCGGACGCGGUGGCAAAGGGCCUAAGGCGAGAGGAGAGGGAGGCCGCGAUUGCAGCGUGGGAAGAGGAGAUGUUCGCCAGGGGGGAAAGGUUUGCUGCCCUUACUUUGGCGAACCUGGAAACUAUCCUGGGCCCGGACGCUCCGCAAUCUAUCGUUCAAGCUUUUCAGCAUGCCAUAGCUCAGACGUAGAGUAACCAAGUCCAUCGUCUCUAUGACACUGCCGCAGAGUCGUCUUGAAGUGAUUGAAGUCCUGAGAUUAUGUCCUGUCCCCAUCAAAUUGUUACAUAUGAUUCAAGUUCCAACUGCGCCGGCGAGAUCGAGACGUACCAAGGACAACGCUACCAACGAGAGCCGUUCAUAC